UUCAUAUCGUCUCUUUUUUUGACGGUCCGAGGAGACCAACCGAAUACAGUUCGAGUGGACGAGGACGAUCGGUAUGUGCGCGCUACUAUUCAGAGGUGCAUCCUGGUCAUGACACAUGUAUAUAUCAUUUCCAGAAUGGCUUCUAACGGUGCCUCAACUACUUGUACAUCAGAAGGAGGACACGGACACGAUAUCAGAAGUUCCACGGAGAGAAAUGUUCGAGUUGAUGAGAACUACCAAGAUGGUUUCGAAACCAAUACAGGAUUACUGUCACAACCUGCUCGAGCUACCAGCGUUCGAAGGUCAUCCGGAGAUGGCCCACUAGCGAACGUUCAUGGCGAGGUCGAGCGUUGUGUUCUUGCACAUCGUCGUACGGGUCGAUUCGAUAAAUCCUCUGAAGAGAUAGAAGAUCCAGAGCUUGCAUCUCCGCGUACUAUACCCCAAGUAAGGUGCACCGACCCCUCCAACACAUCUUCAAGGCAAAAUAGAACUGAGGGGACAUCUGGCACGGCUAAUUUGCCUGGCAGCGAGGCGUCCCCGUCAGCUUCCUUCUUACUGCCAUCAUCACUUUUUACUACAUCCCAAACGGAGUGCAACUUCAUUCCCAACAUCUCAGCCCUACCUCCAUUCAGUAGUGCCAACACGACGAAUAAUAACUCUAUAAUCCAGUAUGCAUGCAAUUUCGCUCCGAAUAUCUCCUCCCCGCCUUCAUAUAACGGCGCCAAUGCAGCUUCCGCAGUGCAUACUGUUCAGAUAGCGUGUAAUUUCACUCCAAACGUCUCUAUCCCCGGGCCACCUUCAUACGGCACUUCUAAUGCGGCGAAUUCGUCCCACUUUCCGCCACUAACUUCCACCGUAAACCAGUCAAGGUGCAAUUUCACUCCGAUCCUCUCUAACCCAGAAGCGGCGACCUCUUCUGGAGCGUCGUAGAAUAGGCACUCAUCAAGCCAAAUACAAAUUC